AUGGGAAAGCUCAGAGCAAAAACUGACUAUGAAAAACUCAGAAAUGCCCGCAUUUUGGAAAAUCAGGCUCGAUUAGCUUGUCUAGGAGUUCAAAAAACCAUAUCAGAGCUUCGAUCAAUCACUUCCUCAGCAAAAACUACAAAGAGGAAAUGUCAGAAAGUUGAUUAUUCCUCAGCCCCUUUGCGCCGUUCCAGUCGUUUGAAAGGAAUAACGAGCGGCUCAGAGGCGUUAUCCAAAGGGAAAAGUUGGGAUCUUUGGCUAAGCGACGAUGAAUAUGAUGAAGAUCAGAAGAGGCCUGCAAAUGCACCUCGGUUGAGUGUCAGAAAGGCAGAAUUAGCAAGGCUUUCACCAGAUGUGUUGGCUCGGCGUUGUAACAGUAAGGGAAGAGGAAGCUUAUAUAAUCCCACUUAUGGUAUUUCCUGCCAUUUCUGCAGGCAAAAGAAAUUAUGUGGUGAAGAAGAUUGUAGAAGAUGUGGUAAUCUGGAAUUGGAUCAACCAUGCUUAGGAAAGACAGAUUGUUCUGUUUGUCACUCUACCAAUGGCGUCUUCUGUCGGGCUUGCCUCAAAGUUAGAUAUGGUGAAGGUAUGCCACUAGAAAUGCUUCAGUUUUUACUUUGUAGUCACCUGCUUAUGUUUUAUGACACACCUAGGUUAAAGUUUAGAGGGGUAGAUGCUAAUCUAUCAAACUCGAGGAUGUCCGGGAAAACAAAAAUUGGAUGUGUCCACAUUGCAUUGAAGAAAAAGGAACUAGACCAUUUUGGAUUUGUAACAGCUCAAUAUGCUUAA